UCGCUGUUGCUCAGAGUCAUGAAAGAGGCAUAUGUCAAGCGUGGAAUCAAAAACAGUUGUCACACACUCUGCCUCGCCAGCGGAUUUCUAUACCAUGGCUUCGCGCCAAAACUGAACUAAUUUCUUUACAAGAGUCGAGUCGUCUGCCUCGAAAGCAUGUUCCUUACGUGACAACCUCAGUCGACCCAUGAUCGACCUAAGCUGUGAUUUCGGAUAUUUAGGCGUAUGCCAGUAAACACUGGAAAGCUAGCUCGAUUGCUUUUCAGGUCAGAUUUAAAGGCCUGCCUCGCAUCCUGACUUGAUCAAUGAUCUUUAAAGGGAAUAUGUUUUGAAGCGAGCAUCAGCUUGACUUUAAUUCGAGAUGCGAGAGGAAAUGUUGAGCUGACGAAGAUCCAACUCGGCUUGUCGGAAUGAAUUAGUGAUCUAUCAUAGAUGAACUUCUAUCCACCACAAUAGUACUACAAUCUAAUGCAAGUGGAUUUACAUUUGAAUUGUUCGCAUGUGUGCACAAAGUUCCUCCAACGUCAUCAUCUGCUACAACCUGUUUUUUUAUAUGUGACAUUUUGUAAGCUUGGAAAGAGGGAGGAUUUUACCAAAUAUGAUAAAAAUGGGGAAGUGGAUUUCGAGAAGAAAGUUUUUGAGGAGUGGAGUUGUCUUGACGAUGUUAACCACCGUCAUGAUAGUGAGUCUCCUACACUCUCAUGGUUUAGUUGGCGGGCCUGGUGAUGAGGGUAGGGUGGCUGGUAGGAUGAAACAUCUUCCAGAGAAGGGGCUAAGAACAGGUGUGAGGGAGGAUGAUGGACUGGAGGAUGCUCCAGGGAACGAUGUCGAUGUUGGGCAUCGUAGGGUACCAAGGCGGAGGAGCCGAGGCGGUGGCAGGGGUAGGGGUGGUGGUGUUGCUGCUGGUGGUGGUGGUAUAGGGGGUGGGGGUGUCGUGAUGGGGAUGCAACGAAAGCUGGAGCAACAGGAGAGUCCAGCGUACUCUGUGGGUGGUGAUGCCGGGGAGAGAGGGGAGGAACACAUCCCUCAAAAGGGUAUGGAUUACUCUAACUCAGAGGAAAGAAAGAGAAUUGCGGAGGAUGACGCAGAGAGGAUACUCGCGUUAAGGAGACAAGAAGAUGAUGAGGAUGAGGGUUACCCUGGUUACUAUGAUCUGACGGAGAGGAGAGAGCUGGAGGAGAGGAUGGAGAAAAAGAGGGAGAGAGUAAGAAAAAGAAAGAAACAAUUUGGAAACAUAGUACCACAGGAUCAUGGUGAUGAUGCAAAACAAAUGAAGCGAGAGGAAAUAAAACCAAAGAAGAGCAAAGGAGCUCAGCCAAUGAAGUACCAAGCCGAUGUGGAGCUCCCAGGAGCAAACGGGAAACCCGUUCAAAUCCCGUCAGAACUUCAGUCAGAAGCAGACGAUCUUUUCAUUAUAAAUUCAUUCAAUCUAAUGGCUAGCGAUAUGAUCGGUAUUAAUCGAUCACUUCCAGAUGUCAGACCUAAACAGUGCCUAUAUAAACAGUACUCUUCAGCACUUCCAAAUACAAGUGUCAUUAUUGUAUUCCAUAACGAAGCAUGGAGCGCCCUCUUGCGGACAGUCCAUAGUGUGAUCAACCGAACGCCACGUCAAUAUCUAUCGGAGAUCAUCCUGGUGGACGACGCUAGUAUUCACGCUCAUCUUGGUCAUCAGCUGGACUCGUAUGUAGCCAAGUUACCCGUCCCCGUCCACGUAGAACGUAUGGGAGUCAGAUCCGGGCUGAUACGAGCACGCAUGCGCGGUGCUCUCGUAGCUCAAGGUCAAGUAUUGACGUUCCUUGAUUCCCAUUGCGAGGCUUCUCAUGGCUGGCUGGAACCUCUCUUAGCCAGGAUAGCAGAAGACAGGAGCAACGUUGUAACGCCCGUUAUUGACGUCAUCAACGCACAAAACUUGGCUUACGAGGCUGACAACCAAACUCCAGCUAUCGGCGUUUUUGAUUGGUCACUUACAUUCAGAUGGCAGAGCAUUCAAAGACGUGACCUUCCGCUGCUCAAACAUGACCCCACGCACCCUAUCCCUUCACCGACGAUGGCGGGCGGGCUAUUUGCUAUAGAUCGGAGUUACUUCAUCGAAACUGGAAUGUAUGACUCGGGUUUUGAGAUAUGGGGAGCUGAAAACCUGGAGAUUUCAUUCAAGACGUGGAUGUGCGGUGGCCGAAUUGAAAUCCUUCCAUGCUCACACGUCGGGCAUAUCUUCCGCAAGCAUGCUCCAUACUCCAACACCCUUACCGACUUCAUCAGUUAUAACAACAAACGACUGGCAGAAGUCUGGCUAGACGGGUACAAAGAGUUCUUCUACUUCAUGUAUCCCAGUGCGAUCAAGGUGAAUGCUGGGAACUAUACGGACCGCGUCGAACUGAGAGAUAGACUUGGAUGCCGGUCGUUUCAAUGGUAUCUUGAGAAUGUGUUCCCGGAAGGAGGAUGGCCAGGCAGGAAUAAAUUAUAUGGCGAGGUACGACAUACAGCCACCAACUGGUGCCUUGACACAGGAGGUAGGACCACGCCUAUCACUGAACCAAUGGUGGCACAUCGUUGUGACAACAACGUUAAUCAGAUCUGGAUGUACACCGAAGAGCAAGAGAUCAAACAUAGUUCACUCUGUCUGGAUUAUGACGUCACAACUAUGACCUUGACCUUGAUGGGGUGUCAUCAAAUGGGCGGCAACCAGCUAUGGGACUAUGUCAGUGAGACGGGUGAAAUCAAGAACAGAGCUCGAGAUUGCUUGGAUCUGGAGGUCGAUGAUGACGACGACUCUUUCACGCUCACUGUACAGGAAUGCGAUGGACGAACUAGUCAACGAUCAUGGCAGCUUAAUAUGAAAGAAUGGGACUUCAAGAAACACUCACGUUGAACACCAUGAUGUAAUUUUAGGGUUAGAUAUAUUC